GAUCAUAUCAAUAAUCUUCAAGGUGAAAUUGAAUGGUUGCAUAAAUAUAUUGAACCAAUCAUUAUGAAUGAAGAUCGACUUAAUUUAUUUACAGAUACUAUUACUAAUACUACUGAUACUACUAAUAUUACUAAUAAUGAAAAUAAUAAUGGAAUCAGUGAUCAAAUUGUAAAAUUCUAUGAAGUUAAUCAACAUCUAACACAAUUACUUAGUUAUUUUACACAAAUUUAUCAAACAUUAUCUACAAUUGAUCAUGCGUUGACUUACAUUAAUACUAUUCAAAAUCAAGUAGAAUUACUUCGAGAACUGGCAAUAUCUAUCAAGGUUAGUGACAAGGAUGAUAAGGAGGAUUGUGAAAGUACUAAUUACGACGAUGAACAAAAUGAAAAUGUAGAAUGUGCUCUAAUUACUUAUGAAAAGUUAGAACAUCUAUGUACUGGAAAACAACCGUGUUUG